AUCAUCAUGAUGCCCUGUGGUUAAGGUCUGGUUAGGUUUAGGCACAAAAACCACUUGGUUAGGGUCAGGAAAAGAUCAUGGUGUGGGUUAAAAUGAAAAAGAAAGUGACAAACUCAUAAGCCGUGAGCCUGCUCCGCCUCAAGCCGGUCGCGGCGCACCAUACGCCGGCCGCGAGCCGUUCAGCACCGCGGACAGUCGGACUAAUGGGCUGUCGAACCAAUGGGCAGUUCCCGAACAGAUAAGAAAUGCUAACUAGGCUUAUUGUUUGUCAUUUCCACACAACAUAGUGGAGAGGGAACUUAGUUAAUAUAGAAACUAUACUUUUAGGACUCUGUAACAUAUUCCUGAGGGACUUUUAACAUGUCUGGGAUAUUAUUACCGCAACAUUAUGAGUUUCCACAUACCUCCUGCUUCAUGAAUUGAACUGACCCUUCAGCCGUCCCUGCUGCUCCCUGCCCGGGCUGAGGGAGGGGGGAGAGGGGGGAGUGACUUCCAUCCAACCGUCGACAUCUCCGGAGUCUAGAGAUCAGUAAAAGAUGAGAAGCUGCUCUCCUCCGCUGAGCCGAGGGACACGGGACUAAAGUUCAACAUUUAACCGAGAAAACACGGAGAGUCGACUACUCAGCAAUGAAAUGUAUGUCUCUCAGUGUGCGGUGCACUUUCAACUAAACUCUGGCUGCGAGCAUCCCACGUUAAACACGGUGGAUCUGCUGACACUGGACUCCUUGCUCACUCCUGACAUCCAGUGUCAGCAGCCGGUGCUUUGAAGAUGAUCAACCCUCAGAUAUACCUCCACUACAACUACACAGGAAAGCUGGACCACCGGCCCAGCGUUGGUGCAAGCCCUGGCACCGUGGACACCAAGACCAUUGUGUUCCUCAUCAUAUGCAGCUUCAUUGUCCUGGAAAACCUCACCGUGCUGGUGGCCAUAUGGAGAAACCACAGGUUCCACAACCGCAUGUACUUCUUCAUCGGCAACCUGGCUCUGUGCGACAUGCUGGCUGGAGUGGCCUACCUGGUCAACCUGCUCCUGUCAGGAGAGAAGACCCUGCAGCUCUCAACUGCUCUCUGGUUUGUCAGAGAGGGAAGCAUGUUUGUAGCGCUUGGUGCGUCCAUUUUCAGUCUCCUGGCUAUUGCUAUAGAGCGACACCUGACUAUGAUCAAAAUGAGGCCUUAUGAUGCCAACAAGAACUACAGAGUGUUUCUGCUCAUAGGGACCUGCUGGCUGAUCGCCAUAUGUCUUGGAGCUUUGCCUAUUCUGGGCUGGAACUGCCUGGACAACCUCCCUGAUUGCUCCACAGUCCUCUCUCUCUAUUCCAAGAAGUAUGUAGCUUUCUGUAUCACAGUUUUCAUGGUUUUGCUCUUAGCCAUGUCAGUCCUUUACGCCCGUAUCUACAUCUUGGUGAAGUCCAGCAGCCGAAAAGUGAGCAAGCACAGAAACUCAGAGCACGCAAUGUCCCUUCUGCGCACUGUCAUCAUUGUAGUCGGGGUCUUCAUCGCGUGCUGGACACCCAUCUUCGUCCUGCUCCUGGUGGAUGUGGCAUGUCAGCAGCGUUGUCCCAUCCUUUACAAGGCUGACUGGUUCAUUGGACUGGCUGUGCUCAACUCAGCCAUGAACCCAAUCAUUUACACCCUGGCCAGCCGCGAGAUGAGACGGGCCUUCCUGGGUCUGGUGUGUGCUGUUUGUUACAAGGGGAAGGCAUCUGUGACCGGCAGCGCUAACAGGCAGUCUCUGGAGCCCAGCCGCAGCAGGAGCAAGUCGUGGAGCAGCCAGAACAACCCCAACCAGAACCAUCAGAGCUCCAGGCAGACGGAGCUGGAAAAGGGGCAGGGGACCAGCACAGGCCAUGGCGAGGUCUCAGUGGUGGCAGGAGGGGCUGCUCAGGCCGUCAUUGAGAGUGACAGGAAAGACUAAAUGAUUGGAGCAAGAUAUCUACAGGAGGGAAGUGAGCACUGGUGGACUCAGGGGACCACCUAUUUUGGUGCCCCCAUGCUUGAACAAACACUGCAGAAGUGUCCUUUCAGAUGCCUCUAUGGAGGAUAAAACAUGAGUGCCCUCUAGGGUGACCCUCCAGUGGAGAAAACGCAAUAAAGUGCCCUCCAAGGUGGCCUUAAAAUUAAGAAAAAAUGAUGCAGUGCCACACAGGCUGCCUUACAUGCUAGAAAACAUUCUGUGCGCUGGUGCCCUUUUUAUUCUCAUUUUACCUCUGUCCUUAAGACAGCCUGAGUCCACCACUGAAGGUGAGGGUGAUGCUAUUGUUUAAGCUCACGAGCUUGUGCAGUGGCCAGAAUUGGUGACGAAAAGGAAUUUGAGUUGUGACUGAAUCAGAGUGAAGGAUAUCUUAGACUGCAGGGCAGUGGUUUCUCCUUUGUGCUUGAUAUUGAUAUAUAUGCAUCAUCCAUACUUGGGAAGCGCAUUAAAAUGGCCACUCUUGGCAUUAGACUGACUAAUUUAUGAGGCCAAUUUGUUCAACAACACAAUCAAUAUCACCCCUUUGUGAAAUACAGGUCAUAUUUCAGCAGAGGCCAGUGAGAAACACGUAUCUCCAGAUUUGGUCAUUUUAUGGUUAAAUCUUUUUUAAGAACAUUAAUCAUCUAAAAAACCAUUGGAUCAUCUGAAAAAUAUGCAUCGUCACAAAGCUGGAAAAAGGCAGUUUUUCUUAGCUUGUGCAAAGUGGAUAUUUCAGAGUACGUGGUUUUCACAGGUCAGUGACAGUUUGCAAAUGAAUGGUGCUCUAACCCUCUAAAGAAAAAACAUUUACCUCCGUGGUUACAGAUGUGACCGUCCAAGACAAACAAGACGUGAAAACUCACAUGCGAUGAAUUAAAGUGCAAUUAAUUUACUGCAAAAUGAUGUAAUGAAGAAUGAUUGUAGACAAUUAUUAGUGUAAUGACCAACAAUUAUUUAUUAUUCAACGUAGUCUGUUCUGUAAUUUUGUAUUUACUCAGCAUUACUACAGUAUACUGUGCAGUUACUGUAAUGAAAACUGCAUUAUAAGUCGUAUAUGUAUAUAAAUGAGCUAAUAGCACAUGCUGAACCAGCUACUCUUUUCCUUAUAUAAGAAGCCUCAUGUUCAAACUGCAUCCGUUAUCUGUUGUGAAUUAAUGUAGCUCAUGCAGUGCAUUCAACAUCAUUAGUUUUAGAUAAUACCAGGGCUCCACCUGCUGGUUAACAGUGGUAGUACAUGCAAAACAUGCUGCAUGUACAGUGCAGAAUCUUUUCACUGUAUGUUUGUUAAAUAUAAUUAUUCCAGAAGUAGAAAAGCUUGUAUCAACUUAAAAAGCAUGAAGCUGGUAAACUGAAGGAAGAGGCAUGUGAAUGCAGCAUGUGAAAUAGAAAUAGUUUACGACGUGCAGCUAUUUAAAUGAUGCAAAAUAUUAGCUUUGACACAAUAAAGGUAAAAAAACGUGUAAACUGAAUAAGGAUGAUUCACCUGAUCACUUCGUGUUGCAGUGUCUCCCUCAUUCCUUUGUGAAAAUUACUUAAAGGGACAGUGUGUGAGAUUUAGGGGGAUUUAGAGGCAUGUAGCAGAGAGGAUUGCAGAUUGCAACCAGCUAAAACGUCUCCCAGUUAGAAUUCCUUUCGUGUUGAUUGUUUAGGAGGUUGUUAGCAGAAGCCAAAUUAUCCACAGAGGUCUCCUCUUCAAAUCGGUGUUUCUCCAACUCUGUUCAGCUCUUUGCAGACAGGCCGCUAGCCCAGCACCUACUGAUGUGUGCUCCCCUUUUUUCUCUGGUAACUCCAGGUCCAGAUGUUCAGGACGUUUUUACCAGGAGACGAAUUAUCUGCAGAGGACUCUUCCUCUCCAAAACAAACGGAUCUUAAUUUUUUUACUGAUUUUAACCAGUAAAAACACUGAAAAGCAGUUUCACUAAAAAAAAAAGACAUGGCGGUGCAACAUGGCGAACUCUGUAGACGGUAACCUACUCCGUAUGAUGAUACAAACAUCUCAUUCUAAGGUAUACAAAUACAUGCCAAUUCUUAUUAUCAUGUGAUUAUACACUAAAGAAAACAUACUUAUUAAAUUAUAUUUGAUUUCUGCCAAUAUAUCCUCCUAAAUCCUACACACUGAAGCUUUAAAAGUUGACUCGCUUAAAUUACAAAUACAUAUAUAUUAUUUUCUCACGUUUGUUGUGGUAUCAAGCCAUGCAGGUAGUUUUGAUUUUGUAUGUCCAGGUCCAUCCACUUUGGAGAUUUCUGCAGCUACCACAAUACAAUAGAGGUGAAUUAAUUUUUGAACGUGUUGCUUACAGCAUUGAACAAUAACUUUAAAAAUAUUCACCUUCAACAUCUUUUUCCUGACACAGCAUCCCUGUUACUCCGAAGAUCUCACUGUGAAUAGUUCUCAUUAGAAGUCUGUUCUGUCCAGGAUAAUCCAGAAUAACAAGAACAGUGUUUAUGGAUGUAUUUUUAAAAUCUAGUUUUCAAUGCCUUCAGCAUGAGUAAUUAAAUUCCAUUCACCUCUACUGUAUGGGGAUGAAGGCAGAAGUCCCAGAAACAAGUAUCUCAAAAUCUGAGCUGAAAUAAACCAAACCUAUCUGCAUGACAAAAUGUAAUUAGAAUUUAAAAACUGUGGUGACACUAUUGCUUAAUGCUGCAUCUACCAUAAACUGAAUGUUAUUACAGCAGAUACAAGAGAGAUUCUACACAUUCACGGUUUUAUUGCCAACAGUCAUACAGAAUAAUGAUAAACCCAUACAACCAAAAGAUUAAAUCUGUAAACAUUAUUUGGACUUCUUUGUUUUUAUUUCCUUUUUUUCAACUAUACCUGUUCCAAAAUAGUGAGUUUCUGUGUGAUUCCCUCCGACAAAGAUUUUUAUUUAGAAUCUGGAAAUGAUACAUUUAGAAUAUAUAAUAGAGAGGGAGGGAAAGAGGGAGGGAGAGAAAGGAGACAGAUAGAGAGAGGAAACAGUAGUCUCAAGCAGCAACACGCAGCAGGGCAAAACACAACCUCUAGUGAACAGGCAUGCCCCAUUGAAGAUCAGCUAUUGCACUUUGAAGAGAGAGAGAAAGAGAAAUAAAAAUACCAUUUGUACAAAUAAAAGGCACAUUUUCAUCAACAGAAAUCUGGAAAGAAGCCAUGUUCUUUUUGUGUCCCACUGUGUUUGGUUGUAGAAUUUCUUUACGCCUCACAGCUAAUCAUGUUAUCAGAGAGAUUCAAGUAUGGAGUUGUUUCUGCAAUAUAUAUAGAAAUAUACAUAUAUAUA